CGAGGAAGUGACCGGGGCGUGCAUGCAUACUGUUGACAGUCGAGCCGUUUCAUGCUGAACAUCUUCCGACUGCACUGUGCAUUUCUUUUUAUAAUAUUUCUAGAUUAAACACAGAACUACAGCCUCGUUUACACUACAUUUAUCAUUCAUAGGUUAAAAUUCUUGCGAUGCAUGGAUCCUAGACGUGCCUGUGCGUUACAGUAGCAGCUCAAGCCUCACGUCUGAACUUUGUAUAUCGUCCUUUUUCUAUAUUUUAUGAGCUCGUAACCUUGAGGCACGCGGUACGUUGUCCAGACAUCAACGGGAGCGUUGUAUGCUCCUAGCAACCUGUAUGUAUCCUAGAAAUACGAUCCUCAAAUGAAACGUAAGACUUGGUUGUCUUGCAAGCGGUGAGUUGUUGUUAAUGUAAGCGUACACAUGCUACAACAAUGCUAGCCAUCUUGCAAAUGAUCAAAGGACGUGCGUGAGGUAAUGAUGAGGAUAACGAUAUGCAAUGCAUAUUCCAUCAAAUAAGCGCCUGGGCGACGAUGCAGAAUAACCAAAUAAUUGCACCAUGGCGCCAUUUGACGUGUAUUGGGACCACCACAUUCCCCUUCCCAAGCUCCCUCCUCUCAAAGCCAAAAUCACAGUGGCUACGGUGGCGCUCCUUUGCUUCAUCAACAGCUAUGACGGGGAUUUUGUGUUCGAUGAUUCCGAAGCAAUUAUCAAUAACAAGGACCUCAGACCUACAACACCACUGAGCAACAUCUGGAACAAUGACUUCUGGGGAAGCAACCUGAGCAGCAACUCCAGUCACAAAUCCUAUCGACCUCUCACUGUUCUUACAUUUAGGCUCAACUACCUCCUGGCGGGCGGCCACUACCCCGUGGGCUUCCACGUGCCCAACGUGGUUCUGCACGCCGUCAUCUCGGCGCUGAUGGUGGACGUGUUCGCCGUGCUGAUCGGCGGCCUGUCCCACGCCGGGGGGAGCGGCGGCGGCGGCGGCGGCGGCGUGCAGAACCUGGCGCCGAGGGCCUCCCUGCUGGCGGCGCUGAUGUUCGCCGCGCACCCCGUCCACACGGAGAGCGUGGCCGGGGUCGUGGGCCGUGCAGACCUUUUGUGCGCUCUGUUUUUCCAGCUGUCUUUUCUCACCUAUUGUAAAGCCUUUCACGGAGGCAGCGACCGGUGCGAGGGGAAGUUCUCUGUCCAGUGGGUGGUGCUGAGCCUCUUGCUCUGCGCGGCAGCCAUGCUCUGCAAAGAGCAGGGCAUCACCGUGCUGGGCGUAAAUGCAGCCUUUGAUGUCCUCCUGAUCUGUAACGUCAACUUGUUUGAGCUCAGUCAGAGGCUGCUCCUCAGAAGGAAAGAUAUCGAUGUCGGUGAGCUGGUGCGGACCGGGCUGCUGUCCCGAUUGGCUCUCCUGGCCGUGGGAGGAGCCUCUAUGAUCUACGCCCGCUGGAGGAUCAUGGGAACGGGACCACCGGUGUUCACUGAGGCAGACAACCCGGCAUCCUUCGCAGAUAGCAUGUUUCUACGAAUAGUGAACUAUAAUUACUACUACUCACUGAAUGCCUGGCUGCUGCUGUGUCCCUGGUGGCUGUGUUUUGAUUGGUCCAUGGGCUGUGUGCCUCUCAUUAAUUCAGUCACUGAUUGGAGGAUAGUUUGGCUGCUGCUGCUCUGGUGCGUUCUGAUAGGCUUGAUAAGCCAAGCCUUAUGCUCGCCGGACAGCCAGAGAAGGAGGACGCUGACUCUGGGCCUGGUGCUGCUGCUGGUCCCCUUCCUGCCCGCCUGCAACCUCUUCUUCAGGGUGGGCUUUGUCGUGGCCGAGAGGGUCCUCUAUCUGUCGUCGGCGGGCUACUGCCUGCUGCUGGCCUACGCCCUGGGCCACUGCUGCUGCCGUUGGGCAAGGCACCGGAGGCUGCUGGGAGUGUGUGUGCUGGCCCUGCUGGGUGUGUACGUGGUUCGCUGUGCACACCGCAGUCACCAGUGGAGGUCAGAGCAGAGCCUCUUCAGCAGCGCCCUGUUGGUCUGCCCUCUCAACGCUAAGGUCCAUUACAAUGUGGGCAAGAACCUGGCUGACAGGGGCAACACGACCACAGCUAUAUCCUACUACAGGGAGGCCGUCAGACUGCACCCGACCUACGUCCACGCCAUGAAUAACCUGGGCAACAUCCUGAAGGAGCGAGAGGAGCUGGUGGAGGCUGAGAUGCUGCUCUCUAAAGCCGUAGCCAUCCAGCCGGACUUUGCUGCAGCGUGGAUGAACCUGGGCAUCGUGCAGAACAGCCUGCAGAAAUUCAGCGCCGCCGAGCGCAGCUACUGGAACGCCAUCUCCUUCCGGAAGAAGUACCCGGACUGCUACUACAACCUGGGGCGGCUGUACGCUGACCAGAACCGGCACCUGGAGGCGCUGAACGCCUGGAAGAACGCUACGAUGUUGAAGCCUGACCACAGCCUGGCCUGGAACAACAUGGUCAUCCUGCUGGACAACACUGGUAACUUGGGCCAAGCCGAGCUGAUUGGCCGAGAGGCGCUGAAGCUCCUCCCCAAUGACCACACCAUCAUGUUCUCAUUGGCCAACGUCCUCGGCAAGCAACAGAAAUACAAGGAGUCGGAGGGCUUCUUCCUCCUCGCGCUCAAGAUAAACCCAAACUCUGCCAGUUGCCAUGGCAAUUUGGCCGUGCUGUACCACCGCUGGGCCAGGAUGGAGCUGGCCAAGACGCACUACGAGCUGGCCCUGAAGCUGGACCCCGAAGCCCCUGGCACCCUGGGCAACUACAAGAUGCUGCUCCGCAAGAUGGAGCAGCUCCGUCGCAGCACUCCCUGACGAUACACGAUACACUCCUAGACCAAGCUUCCACGACCAACUCCAGUGUUUAAUGAUGAUGAUGAUGAUGAUGAUGGACAACAUAGAACUUUGUAUUGUCUCGAUGGUGAGGAAAUAAAGACCACUCUCUGUGUAUCCAA